AUGACCAGCCAACCAAAUCAUGAUGAAAGCGACAUUAAGAAGCAGAUUUCGGACUGUGAAAUGGGCGAACCAAAUGGUGCCCGUCCCAGCCAAACCUGGCACCAUAUGUUGCUGUAUCCAUCGCCUUCCUCCUCACAACUGUCGUAUGUCUCCGAAAUCCAAACGGAUGUCGGUAGUCAACCAUCAACGCCGUUGCAACAGCCGUUGCGCCACGCAACGUUCGGUGAGAUGGACGAGAGUGCCACUAAUUACGAUUCGGGCAACUUCUCGCUAUCCGAUUCUGGUGGUAAGGAAAAGCUCACCACGGCAGGGGCGAACACGGGCCACGGAGACAUGCAUCAGCGAUUCGUUCAACUAAACACCGAGCUGUAUCAGACUAAAACCGAACUGCUCACGUACAAGUACAAGUGGAACGAAAUACGCAAUGAAAUUGAGCUUGGAUUGAGUAACAAAAUUGACAAACUGUUGGACGAAAAGAAUGAAGUGGAAAAGGAGCUGGAAGAUGUGCGGAAGGAACUAGCCCGCCUGAAGGCACAACCAAUGGAUCAGAAUGGACGCGAGCUGCUACGCAUCCGUUCGGAGCUGGAUGGUGUGAAGCUUCAGCUAACAUGCAAAGAGCAAGCAAACGAAAGUUUGAAGCAAACAAUUGUAGAUCAACACGUGGAAAAGGAGAAUCUCGCCAUAAAGAUAAAAGCCCUGGAACAUCAGCUGUUCGAUGGUCGCAGUGAGAUAUGCGGCGUAAAAUCAACGGAAAGAUGGUACAGGGAUGAGCUACAUCGUUGCCAAAAUGAAAAUGCCAAAUUAAAGGAGUCGUAUGGCUCGUUAGAGAAGCUGCUGUAUAGAGAACGUAUAGAAAAGGGAACACUCGUUGAAACAGCACGUAAGGAAACAUUGCGUUUACAGUACGAACUAGAGGGCUUACAGCAGGAAGUAAGCAGAGCAAACCAUCAGCGAUCCGGAGCAAUGCAAGAGAUUGAAACAAAACAGUUAACGGAAGAGUUAACUACUAAUAACAACACUUUAGUAAAUCGUGUGCCAGAUUUGCUUGAAAAGAAUGAGCUUCUGGAGCAGCAAAAUGAAGAACUCCAUGCCGUACUUUGCCAGCUUCGUGAUUCGUUACAAACACAGCGGCAGCAGUUCGAAACACUGUGCAAAAAGGAAAAGGAAGCCCUAAAGGACAUUGUCAGCCUUCGGGAGCAUCACGAAUCUGACAAAAGCCGUAUUGAAACCCUCACUGCGCAGCUGGCGCGCGAAUGUUUCACCAAACGACAGAUAGAUGUCAGCGUGGAGAAGCUGAAAGCGCAGCUGAAAGUUUUAUCGAUAAACUUCACCUCCCGCGAUUACCACCGGGCCGAUGCGAAGGAAUGUGACUCGCUUCGUCAACGUAAUCACGACCUACAGGAGCAGUGUAAUCGGUUAAUUAACGAACAGCAACAGCUAAGAGCCGCGUUAAACAUGUGCACGGAAAAAACGAACCUCAAACAGGACGAAAUGCUGUUGAUGGAGAACUUCCGGUGCAUACAGUCGAAAAAUUUAAAUCUAGAACUUAAACUAGGUCAGUGUGUUAGCGUCGGUGGCGAUGGUAUCGAUGGAACCGGCCGUGGAAUCCCCUCGAUAGAUAUGGUCAAAAGAAGCGAACAGACCAUCAGGACGCUCAAGCAAGAUGUACAAGAGUUGCAACGAACGCUUUUCCCACCUCACGCGGAACAUGAGAAGCAAACCAACGAAAAAAGACAAAAAUCGUCAUGUCCAAAGCAUGGUUCUAAAUGUUGGGAAAAUGUAUCAUAUUCCGAGCGUACCAACGAGGAAGAAGAUGUGGAAAUACGUAACUUACGUAUCAUGUUGAAAGCGAUUGAGAGCGAAAACCGUCGUCGCAUGAAGCGCUAUGAGCUAAACAACAGGACACUGCUGAAAAAGGUGAAGGAACACGCGCGCGACCGGAAACAGGCCGAACAGCGUGUCGAGGAACUACGGAAGGAACAUGCGAAAUGUGCAACGUUGCGCUGCGAGAUGUCAUCGGCCCGCGAACGCUGUUUGCUGAUGGAAGCCGACGUGGAAAGCUACAAACAGGAAGCGGCCACACUGCGCUCGGAGAAAGAUCGAUUGAUCGAUCUGCUCGAGAACAACUGUCUGCUGACCAAUGAUGGUGACAUUUGGGGAUCGCUGAAGAGAGCCUUCAAAGAGCUGCAUGAGCUGAAACGUGCACGGAAGGAGAAUGUCCGCCUGCACGAUGAGCUCCAACGCGAUGCGGCCAAAAUCGUACAACUGGAAGCUUCCAUCGCCGAAUGGAAGUUGGCGGCUGACGCACUGACGGCCGAAGCCGAUGACGUUCGCUUUGAACUGACGGAGAAGGCGUUGCAGUUGGAAGAAUCGCAACGCGCACUCUUAAAGCUCACCGGAGAGAACUCAUCACUGGAGCAAACUGUUUCGAUGGCGGGACUGAACGAAACGCAUCUCACCGAGAAGCUGCACGAUCUGAAACAAUUGGUACAGGUGCAGGAAAUUCGGCUCGAGACGGCUAACGAGCGGUUGAAGCUGUACGAACAGUCGGAGGCAAUGAUUGUGGCCGCGAAGGACACGUUCCUUACCGACCUUCAAUCACUGCAGGACGCAAUUUUGCUGGAAAAGCAGGAGAAGUACGAACUGGAGGAAGAAGUGCGCGAACUACGGCAGACUAUGGUGAACGCGGUUGGAAACAGUUUACAGAAUUUCCAUCCACGGGAUAUUUCUGCCGAAGGAAGCGGACAUCUAUCCGCUGCAGUACUGAGCCCGGAAGGGCAAUCCCUGUCAUUGUCUUGCACCAGCCUAGACAUCGAUCAGCUGCGUGCACUCGUGGAGCAAAGUUCCCAAACACGCUGCUCGCUGCAACCGCUGCACGAAUGUGUCUCCUCGCUGAAGCUGGAAAUGGACAAUCUCAAUUCCGUCUUACAACUCGCCAACCAUCAUCCACAGCAGCCAGCUCAUCAGCAGCUACAUCAACGAUUUCCGCUGUCCCUGAUGGAUGAGCUAAACGAUGCGACUAACGGUCGGUAUGGGAGUAGAUGA